UCAUCUUCUAAACCCUUCAAUCCCAUUCUGCUCUCUCUGCUAUCGAGUCCUAGCGAUGGCACAAGAAGACCCACAAAUCAACGGUUCCGAAAUCAAAGAAUCGUCUCCGAAGAUCAAGAAGCUUGAGCAGAACGGCUUCCAUGGAGAUGCAGCCCCUAAAUUCGACUCUGACCCGCCAUUGAAAGUGAAGAAGCUUUCUGAGAAAGCUGUUCUUCCAUCCAGAGCCUCCCCUCUCUCUGUUGGUUAUGAUCUUUCCAGCGCAACUGAGAUCAAAGUACCUGCUAGAGGAAAAGCACUGGUCCCAACGGAUCUAAGCAUAGCAAUACCCCAAGGAACAUACGCUCGGAUCGCACCACGAUCUGGGUUGGCAUGGAAGCAUUCGAUUGAUGUCGGGGCGGGGGUGAUAGACGCAGACUACAGGGGUCCAGUAGGGGUCAUCUUGUUCAACCAUUCAGAUGCCGAUUUUGAAGUGAAGGUUGGCGAUAGGAUUGCACAGCUGAUCAUUCAGGUUAUCUUGACGCCGGAUGUGGUGGAGGUUGAUGAUUUGGAUUUGACUGCUAGAGGCGCUGGAGGGUUUGGAUCUACAGGCGUUUAGAACACCUUGAUUGUAUUAUUGAGGCUCUUCGGUUUCAAAUUUUGCUAGUGCUUUUUGUCAAUAUUGCAUAUGAGCAUUAUUAGUGCUUUACUGUGUUUGAAUGCUUCAUGGGACAAGCUUGUUAUCUUUUGUUUGGUAAUUUUGUCAAGCACAUUGUAAGCACUGUCAAUAGUAAUGAAAAAAAUAUUUGAAAAUAUUGCAUUAACUCUUAUACUUUUAG